AUCAAAGACCGCCAUGAAUUUUUGUCCGAAUCACGUGAUUGUUUCUAUUGUAGGAGUUAACUCUCGUUAUGAGAGGUUAGUUCAUCAAGAAAAACGUUGAUCUUAAUAAUAAACAUAAUGCAAAUAAAGAAAGAUCGAUGCGCGAAAUAUCUUGUUUUUUUUAUAUUAAAUAAGGUUGCUGUCGUAAUGACAGAAUAAUAGACCAUUUAAUGAACCCUUAAAAACAUGACAUGUCGAAACAUAUGGGUGGUACGAACAGUGCUGCAAAGUGGAAGACUUUGAACAAACUAACGGAGGCCACAUCAUCUGGCCUUGAUAAAAAUGCGUGAUCAACUGUCAUUAGCACUUUUUUAUCUUUCUUAUUAUUCUGCUUGUGAUAUAGGUUCCUUAAUCAGAUUUUGAUGAAUUUUCAAAUUUUUCGGGAUAUAACCAAAAACCUUUAUGAUCUACGUGUGCAAAAGUUGAUCAUCGGUGCUUCCUCUCCUUUUUCUUUACUUGUUUCAUAUAUUAAUACAAAUAUGUUACAUUAUCUUCCAUUAGUGACAUCUUUAAAUUCACUGAACAAUGGCUUAUGUGUAUAAAAAUUAUACAACAAAGAACCAUUAAAAAAAUCCUGAGCAAAGAUUCGUAUAGUAAUAUUUUGUUGAAAUUGUGUUAAUAAUAAUAAAAUUUUGUUGGAUGAAGUGGAUCGAUUAAAGUACUUUUGAAAAAUGUUAUGCUUAACCAUAGAUAUGACAUCUUGACAAAUAAAAAGGAACAUAUUUUUUUUAUGAAGAAUGGCUCGUGAUUCUCUUUUAUUUGGAUUGCUGAUGUUCGGAUGUAGCAUAAAUGCAGUAAUGGCUACAUCCGAUGAUGAUCAACUAGAUUAUAUGAGUAAAGAAGAACGUGAAGCAUUGAAGGAUGAAGCAAGGGAUAUGUUUUAUCAUGCUUAUAAUGCGUAUAUGGAAAAUGCCUAUCCUGCAGAUGAAUUAAUGCCAUUAAGCUGUAAGGGGCGAUAUAGAGGAUCAGAGCCAAAUAGGGGUGAUAUUGAUUCUACAUUAGGAAAUUUUUCCCUCACCUUAGUGGAUACCUUAGAUACACUUGUGGUGUUAGGUGAUUUGGAAGAAUUUGAAAAUGCAGUAAAGCUUGUUGCUAGAGAUGUCAGCUUCGAUACAGAUGUAAUAGUGUCUCUAUUUGAAACUAAUAUCAGAAUGCUUGGAGGUCUUUUAAGUGGUCACAUAUUAGCUGAAUAUUUGCAACAAAGAGCUGACAUAAUGCCAUGGUAUAGAGGCCAAUUACUAGAUCUAGCUAAAGAUUUAGGAUACAGAUUCUUACCUGCAUUCAAUACAUCUACUGGAAUACCUUAUGGCAGAAUUAAUUUAAAAUAUGGUAUGAAGGGAGUUCCCACGGAAGUAUCAAGAGAGACAUGUACUGCUUGUGCAGGUAGCAUGAUAUUAGAAAUGGCUGCCUUAUCAAGAUUAACUGGAGAAUCAAUUUUUGAGGAAAAAGCACAAAAAGCAAUGGACGUAUUAUGGAAAAUGCGUCAUAGAGGAACUGAUUUAAUGGGUUCGGUAUUGAAUGUAAAUUCGGGUGACUGGGUACGUAGAGAUUCUGGUGUAGGAGCAGGUAUAGACUCCUACUAUGAGUACUGUCUAAAGGCUUAUAUUUUAUUAGGGGAUGAAAAAUACUUGGGACGUUUUAAUAAACACUAUCAAGCUAUCAUGAAAUAUGUGAGUCAAGGUCCAAUGUUAUUAGAUGUACAUAUGCAUAGACCAAAUACGAAUUCAAAAAAUUUCAUGGAUGCUUUAUUAGCUUUUUGGCCUGGUUUACAAGUGUUAAAAGGAGACAUUAAGCCUGCAGUGGAAACACACGAGAUGCUUUAUCAAGUUAUGCAAAGACAUAACUUUAUACCAGAAGCUUUUACUACUGAUUUUCAGGUACAUUGGGGACAUCAUCCAUUGAGACCAGAAUUUUUAGAAUCAACAUAUUUUCUAUACCGUGCAACAGGCGAUCAUUACUAUUUGGGAGUUGGACGUAAAGUACUCAAGAGUCUCCAAACAUACGCUAGAGUAUCGUGUGGUUAUGCUGCUGUAUCGGAUGUUAGGACUAAUAAACAUGCCGAUACUAUGGACAGUUUCGUGUUAUCCGAAACAUUGAAAUACCUAUAUCUGUUAUUUGUGGAACCAUCUGACUUAGUCUUAGAUCUGGAUGAAUUUAUUUUUACAACUGAAGGUCAUUUACUACCACUGACAUUAGCUUCAAUAAGAACAAAUGUUUCUUUUGACUUUGAACGAGAUUCUGUUCAAGUAGAUGAAUUUGAUCGGACAUGUCCCAAUAGUUUACAUUUAUUCCCAGCAUCAGUUAGACAACCAUUAAGAAACAUGGUGGAAGAUGUUUGUCCAAGACGUCCUAUAAAAAGAAGAUUAAGUGCAUCCCAAUUUCAAGCUAAUAAUUUGGAACAUUUGAAAAUGUUGAGUGAAAUGGGUAUAACAACUUUAACAUUAGCAGAUGGAAGAGUACAGCUAUUGCAUACGUUUUCUAAUGCAAAAACUCCACAAGAUUCUGAAGAAGGAUUAUUAUUUAUGCAAGAAAUGGUUGAGCUUAGUAUAACUCAGUCGCAACAAACGGAAACUAAGCCACAAGCAGUUACAUUUAUAAAACCUAAAACUUAUCCGCCACAAAAAGUUACACUUUUAGCUGGACCAGCACAUUUUGGUCCUGAAUUACAUAGUUUUAAUAAAGUUACUGGGAAAGUUGUAUUCACAUAUCCUCUUGCAGCUUGUACAGAUCUUCUUAAUACAGACAAAUUGAUAAAUAAAAUAGUGAUCAUGAAUCGUGGCGAUUGUAUGUUCAUGGAAAAGGCUCGAAGAAUUCAAAAAGCUGGUGCUAUAGCAGGAAUAGUAUUAGACAAUGUAGCUGGUACCAGUGCAGCAACAUCUCCAAUAUUCGCUAUGUCUGGUGAUGAGAAAGAAGUAGAUGAUGUGACAAUACCUGUUGUGUUCCUUUUUAAUGUAGAAGCUGUUGAAUUGAUUAAAUCUAUUAGUGCAAGUGGAGGUGAACUUACCGUUACCAUUGGAAACUUUUUUUCAAAGGAUGAAGUUCAGCUAAAAGCACCUACUGACUUAUCAAUGUUUGAGCAAUUAAAAGGUUCUUUAAAAUCUCUAUUCACUCAGCAAAUAACAUCACAGAGUACUGUAAAUAAUGAUUUACAUGAAGAUAUAAUUUCUAAUUCUGAAAAUGAGCAACAGGACACUAUUGAGUUUCAUCAUUUUUCUGCACAAAUUAUUAAAGAUUCGCUUGGAGGAGAGAUAAGGAUUACAGUUAAACCAAAUGUACCACUUAUUCACAUAGUAAAUUCAGAAACAACAACUUCGCUAGAGAAACAAUGGCAACAAUUAAAAGAAGUAUUUUUAAAUCAAAUAUACAUUGGAUCUGAUCAAAGAACUGGAUUAUAUAUUAGGACUUUCUUAUUGACAAGUUAUUAUAACUGGAUAAUGACAGAGCAAGGUGUGGAUAAAAAUGUAUUCAAUGCAGCAAGUUUGAAACAAAAAGUUUUAUGGUUUUUAAAAGAAUUAACUGAAGUUGAACCAAAUCCAUCGAUUGGUCAACUUAUGGAUUCUAAUAAACAAAAAAUAUUAAAACAACAUUUACUUACAAAAAUGGAUCUUACUGUCUUAUAUUUGAAAGAAAUUUCAACAAAACUCAAAGAAAUAAGAUCCACAAUGCCAAGUUUAACACCAUUUAUAAAGAUCUCAAGAUUUGAUAUACGACAAAUUAAUGAAUACAUUGUUUUACGACAUUUACUAAAAGAAAUAUUUGAUGGAGAUGAUAAAAUCAUUAAACAACAUUUAGAUCUUUUAGAUCAUGUUGGUAAAAUUGUGAAAAAUAUAUAUCAAGAAAUAUUAAUGGAUGAUUGGCAAAAAAAUGUAGAAAAAUUUGAUGGGAAUAAAGAUCCUGAAUUUUUAAAACUGCAACGUGCGUAUGUUGCAUUAAUACAAGAGGUAGAUUUCACAAAUGAUAACAAUGAAAGUAAUCCUGAAAUUAAUACAAAAGAUCUAUUUAAAUUGUUGGAUGAAAAUAAAGAUUAUGAUAAAAAGUAUGAAAGUUUUGAAAAUUUUAUAUGGACAGAGAUAGAGAAAGUUAACAAAAAUACUGAACAAAAUACUUUACAAGAGUAUGAAGAUGAAUCUAAUAUUUCUAAUUAUAUAGAGAUUAAAAAUAAUGAAAAUGAAAUUAUUACUACUGAAUCAGACAAAAUGUCGAUACAAUCUGAUGUUUUAAAACAAAGCAAAAAUGAGAGUAUGAAAAAUAAAAUUGAAAAUAUAGAAGAAAAAGAAUUAGUAUCUUUAGACAUAACACAACAAAACAAUGUAGAUACUAUAGAUAAGACAGCUCAAAAUAAAGAAAGUUCAACAGAAACUUCAUAUAAAAAAGCUUCAUUUAAUGAUGGUAAUCUUUUAUUUCCUAUUUCUAAAGGUACGAUGAAGUCUUAUGUAACAGAAUCUGUAUCACAAGAUGAAAUUCAAAAAAUAUUACAAGAGAUUCAUGAAGGAAUUGGUAAUAAAAUUAAAAAUAGUAAUAAUAAAAAUAAAUUAACCAAUAAACAAAACACCAAAAAAAAAAGUAACAAUAAUGUCAUAUCUACAGAUCUAUUAGAAGAAUUUAAAAAACCUAUAUGGGCAUCCGAUGAAGAAAAAUCGAAAUUUUUUACAGAAUUUCAUCAAAAGGCAAGAUUGUCUAAUACAAAAUAUAACCUAAAAGAAGAAAGUGAUUUAAAAUAUAAGGAAGAUCAUACUAUCAAUUUUAAAAGUAGGAAAAAUGAUAAUAACAAAUAUAAGAUAAAACAUAUCGAUGAUGAAUUAUAAUAAUGAUUUUCCAUAUUUAGGCAAAUUAUAAUUAUUGUAACAGAGAAAAUCAACUUCUACUUGCAACAAAGCUUAUUGAUAAUGCACCUAAUAUUUUUGCAAACAAUUUAGGUGCAAUGAGUUUCAAAGUUUUUAUAUUUACCAAAUGUAUUAUAUAUAAUUAUAUAUAAUUAUAUAAUAAAAAAAACUCAGUGAACAAGUUACAAUUCAGUGAUACUCUGGAUUUACAAAAACUUUCAAAUUAUAAAAAAACUGGUGCUUAGAAUGAAUGUAUAAUGUAUUGUGAAAUGAAAGCAUGAGGGGAGGAAAAAGAUAUAUUGUUGAGAUGCAUGUUUAUACGCGUUUUAUUAGAGAAUAUAGCGUAUAUACAUAGGAAAUUAGACUAAUGUGAUUGUGAGAAGGAUAUGAAGUAAAGGCUCUAACGGAUGUACAUUUUAUAUAUUAUAUAAUUAGAGCAUAGUUUUCGUGCACUUUAUAGUACAUGAAUAUUGUAUUUUCUAUUACUCCUGAAAAUAUUAAUGUUUGUUAUUGCCCUAACAUCAGUACUUUCUACUUUAAAUAUGUGCCAUGUUUUCCAAUACUAAUUAUGAUAUGGAAAUAAGAGAAUAUUUCGUAAAUUGACAAUCUAAUGAAUAUUAUAACUUUUUAUAUCUUUCCAUUUAUUAUAUUUUCGCUAAAAAUACUAAAUUUAAAAGUCUAAUUAUUAAAUAUUAUUAUUUAAUGUUAAAAACAAAGAUUUAAGAAUUCUAAUAGUAUCUUUCAUUUGUAUGUGUUUUACGACAUUAGAGUAUUUGUGUUACCUAUUAUCAAAUUACAUUGUGAGCCAGAAAAAAUGAUAUUUGAUGUAAAAACAAAACAUGUGAUCACAUGAAUUUGCAUAAAUUAAUUAAUUUCAUAUAUAUUAAAAGUAAAAGUAUUACUUUCAAAAUAUGUUCUAAAUUUGAAAAUCACUUAUCAAAGUUAUAAAAAUUCAAUUAAUUGUAUAAUAUAUGGCAAUGUAAAAAUUAUAAUUUAAUUGUAAUAAUUAUGUGUUUUAAAUGUACAUAAGUGUGUAUAGUAAAUUGUAUGUAGUAUAUAAUAUAAAGAAGCAUACCAUCUCAAGGUUAAUUAAAGAAUAGCUGAUUAUAAAAAUAUUCAUAAAAUGAUAAUAUAGAUUUGUUCGACUGCAUUUAUAUGAUUUCUUUAUUGAUAAAAUUUAUGUAAAACAAUGCAGUAUAAAAAGCACAGCUUUUUGGCAGUUUUAUUUUUGUUUUAUAAAAAAUGCACAAAAUUUUUACAUCAAUUUUAAUUUCAUAUAAUUCAUAUGUGUAUAUUGAAUAUACACACACAUACACACCAUGGAUGAAUUCCACAAAAAAUGUAAAUAAUGAAAGUUUCACUUUAGUAUCAUAUAUUUGUGUUCUAAUAGUAAAGUGACACAAUGCAUGUAAAAUGCCAAGACAUUUUUACACAUAUAUUUUAUUGUACAUAAAGUAAAUAGAACAUUAUAUUGUAUAAUCUAA